UUCAAAUCAUCAAAAGAUCCCACUCUUCUAAUAUUCUAUGCUCAAAUAUCACAAAUGUCAUCUUAAAUAGUUUGAGGUUAGAUUAGAAUCUAGUUCCUCUUGCGUUUUUUUUUCUAGUUCGCAGAAGAAUUUGCUAGGAAUUAUAAUGGCCCCAACUGUACAGAAACCCAAGGUAAAAAAGGAGCUGCCUGCGGUUCCCGAGUCUGUUUUGAAACAUCGUAAGAGACGUGAUUUGGCAAGAACCAUAAAGGUUCAAAGUGCUAUCAAGAAAAAAGCUGUCCAAGUGAAAAAGCGUAAAGAAAUAUUCAAGAGAGCAGAAGAGUACCUUAAAGAAUAUAAGCAGAAAGAACGUGAAGAAAUAAGGUUGAUACGACAGGCUAAAAACCGUGGCAAUUUUUACGUCCCUGCUGAAGCUAAAUUAGCUUUUGUUAUUAGGAUAAGAGGUAUUAACAAAGUUGCCCCAAAGGUGAGGAAAGUAUUGAAACUGUUCCGUCUCUUACAAAUCAACAAUGGGGUCUUUGUAAAGCUCAACAAAGCCACUAUUAACAUGCUGAGGAUAUGUGAGCCUUACAUCACAUGGGGAUAUCCAAAUCUUAAAUCUGUGAAAGAGCUGAUAUACAAGAGAGGCUAUGCCAAAGUUAAUGGUCAGAGGAUACCCAUAACUAAUAACGAAAUUAUUGAGAACAGACUCAGCAAAUCGAACAUCAUUUGCGUUGAAGAUUUAGUACAUGAAAUUUUCACCGUUGGACCUAAAUUCAAGUUCGCUUCCAACUUUUUGUGGCCCUUCAAGCUGAAUACUCCUACUGGUGGAUGGCGCAAGAAGACAAACCACUAUGUUGAAGGAGGUGACUUUGGAAACAGGGAAGACAGGAUUAAUGAGCUUCUGAGAAGAAUGGUGUAACAUUUAAUUCUGCAGAAUUAUGUUCAUUUUAUGUUUCAGUCAAUAAUGAAAACAUGAGUAAAAA